GAAGUGCUGGUUGACAUCCGGGUUGUUGUCGGGCCGGGCCGGGCGGACGGACGGACGGGUGACCCUGAGCCUGCGGCCGCCAUGGGCGCUCACCUGGUGCGGAGAUACGUGUUGGAGCCGGAGCUGGAGCCCGAGUUUGGGAACAUCCCCAGCUUCCCGCCCGACCUGGGCUUCCCCGAGCGGCAGCCGCGCGAGAUGAUUGCAACCCAAGAUGAGAUGAAUGACGCCCAGCUGCCCCUGAGCCAGCGGGAUUACUGUGCCCACCACCUGAUCAAGUUUCUGAAGUGCAAGAGGGACAUGUGGCCCAACUUCCUGGAGUGUAAACACGAGCGUCACGAUUGGGACCAGUGUGAACACGAGGAUUACGUGAUGCGCUUGAAGGAGUACGAGAGAGAGAGACGUCUGCUAACGAGGAAGAAGAUGAUGGAACAGAGGCAGGCAGCCUAGGUAGCACUCACAAACCAGCUAUGUCCCAUAACUGGUCAGGACAUCCCGUCUACAGUGGAGAUGGGUGAUAUUCUUGUACAUAAUUCUGUCUGUAAUCAGUAAAAAUGUUCUAAACCUAG